AUGAAAGAAGAAAAUGUGAAAACGGUUCUUAUGAACCCCAACAUUGCCUCUGUCCAGACUAAUGAGGUGGGCAUCAAGCAAGCUGACACAGUCUACUUCCUACCUAUCACACCACAGUUUGUCACUGAAGUCAUUAAGACAGAAAGACCUGACGGAAUUAUCCUGGGAAUGGGUGGACAGACAGCUCUGAAUUGCGGUGUGGAACUUUUCAAACGAGGUGUACUCAAGGAAUAUGGAGUACGGGUUUUGGGCACCUCAGUGGAGUCCAUCAUGUUUACAGAAGACAGACAGCUCUUCUCUGACAAACUAAAUGAAAUCAAGGAACCUAUUGCCCCCAGUUUUGCCGUGGAAUCGGUGAAAGAUGCUUUGGAAGCAGCUGAUAAAAUUGGCUAUCCUGUCAUGAUUCGAUCUGCCUAUGCCUUAGGUGGUCUAGGGUCAGGUCUUUGUCCUGAUAAGGAAACACUCACGGAUCUGGCAACAAAGGUAAAAGCUCUGGCAAUGACUAACCAGAUCUUGGUGGAACGUUCAGUAGUGGGCUGGAAAGAGAUUGAGUAUGAGGUAGUCAGAGAUGCAGCAGAUAACUGUGUUACCGUCUGCAACAUGGAAAAUGUUGAUGCUAUGGGGGUCCAUACAGGGGACUCCAUAGUUGUUGCUCCUUGCCAGACUUUGUCCAAUGAGGAGUGCCAGAUGCUGAGAGCAGUCUCCAUUAAAGUUGUACGACACUUGGGUAUUGUUGGUGAAUGCAAUAUACAGUUUGCUCUUCAUCCAACCUCACUGGAAUAUGUCAUCAUUGAAGUCAAUGCUCGACUUUCUCGUAGUUCAGCUUUGGCAUCCAAAGCCACUGGCUACCCCUCUGGCUUUCAUCGCUGCCAAAAUUGCCUUGGGAAUUCCUCUACCAGAAAUUAA